AUGGGAUGGAUCCGUGAUCCUUGGAUGUGGAUCCUUGGCUUCCGAUUGGUCGGAACUGAUCACGAGCGACGCCUCGCUGAGACAUUCGAAUUUGAAUAUCGAAGGGAGAUGGAACGUUCAGGCUCAGGGUGUCCGGAGCAUAAGCCCGUCCCCACAGCAUACGUUCGUCGUUACCCCGAGGGAGGGUAUCGUGUUACCCCGCGACUAGUUUGUAUAAUUUUAGAUUCGGGGGAUCCAGACUCCUAUAGAAUUGACUGA